UAAACGAAUAUUUAAAAGCUUUAUUGCUUAAAAAUUAAUAACAGUAGUUAAUGUAUGAUAUCUUUGCUUUUAAAAGUAAAAAAAGAGGGAAGGAAGAUGUCUUUUAUUAUUUUAAAAUUAAUAACAGUUUUAAUGUUAUUUUUUCAUUUCAAACGGCUAGCCGGUAGAUUUACGUCUUGGUUUGAGACUUUGGUAUAAGAUUAACUGAUUCCAGACUUCGAUAAAAAUCUAUCGAAAUUAAUCGAACGUUUGUUUACAUAUUAAAUUUUGAUUUUAAUGAAUAGUAUUGUAGUUUUUAAUGUGAAUUAACUGGCACACAAUGCUGAGACACUGCCUCACCAACGUGGACUACGUCCGCCUACACGCCCAGCAGCAGUUGCGUCCGAAAUGCGGCGAGAUCUUCUACGAACAGGAGGCGAACAGCUUCCAACUGGUUUGCCUGCUUUGUGAGAUGAAGCAUUUUGGAUUCGAAGACUUCGCCCGCCACAUCCGGAAUGUGCAUUUUGACAAGCAGGGACGGCCACUGACCCAAGCCGUCACAGGAUUGGGAACGAGACCAGGAGCCGAUCAAGAGUUCCAAAAGGUGCUCUUAGCACCAGCCAGCCAGCCCAACAUUAAGGAGGAGUUUCUUAACAACAACGAUGCCCUAGAUGAAUAUAGUGUUGAAGAAGAACUCGAACAGGACGAGGAAAAUCCAUUGCGUAUCAUGGUACUCGAACGUAAACAGUCCGAGGACGAGGAAACCAUUGAUACCAUGUGGCAACCAGAUCCGACCAGUUCCUCCGAUUCCGACAUUGAAGGUUGCGAUCUGGAGGCUUUUUCGGUCGUAGAAAAUACUCAAUAUAACCAAGAAGAAGAGCAAGAGGAACAACAGUCCGUUUUUAAGAAGCAACGGCAACGUAAGGACUAUAACUGCCCACAUUGCGAUCGCAAGUAUACGACACAGAAAUACCUAAACACACACUUGAAGAUGAGCCACCCGUAUCCGCAAGCAUUCAAGUGCAACGACUGCGAAGCAACCUUUGACGUGGAUCGGGCUUUGGCCCAGCACCGUCGCAAGGAGCACACGGAGUUCGCCUGCCAGCUGUGUGAUAAGGUGUUCAAGAGCUCGCGCUCGCUACUUCGUCAUAUCCAAGGACACUCCGGCGCACGGACUUUCAAGUGCGAGCACGAGAAUUGUGGCAAAUCUUUUGUUAAUCAGCAUAACCUCACCUCCCAUCGACGUGUCCACAGCGAUGAGCGAAAUUACGUGUGCGAACUGUGUGGCUAUAGAUCUCGCUACCGGGAGGCGUUGAUCGUCCACCGGCGUACUCAUACCGGUGAGAAACCCUUCCAGUGCCAAACCUGUUCCCGUCGCUUUGCGUCAAAGUCACUUCUCAACGAACACCAAGCUAUGCACUCCACUGAAAAGCCCUAUAAGUGCGACAAAUGUGAUUCGGCCUUCUCCCGUCCAAAAGCACUGUACCAUCAUAAGCAUCUUCAUUUGGGAAUCAAAAAGUUUAAAUGCAAGAUUUGUGGAAAUGCUUAUGCCCAGGCGGCAGGACUAUCCGCUCAUAUGCGAGCGCACAAACUCCAGGCGGCGGCCAAUGCAUCUGAGGGUGUCGAAACGGGACCCAUUGAGAUGCUGUUUACGUUCUGACUGGAUUGAAGAAGUCUUCUUUCUUCUUCAAUUUCUGGUUUCCGAAAAAUUAUUGUACCACAAUAUCAUACAUCAAAUUCUACAUCCACUGAUUAACGUUUGAUGGCUAAAAACUGUUAACAGAAUCUUAUUCAGUUUGUCUUAUUUUAGUUUUAGUAUAUCUUUCAUAGUUUAAAAGAAACCAAUACUUUAAAGGAAAUUCAGAUUUAAAGAUAUAGUUAAUUCGAAUACCUGAAAAAUGUACUAUGUUUUUUUAAAAGAAAAUCUUCCCAUUUCUGUUGAUAAAGUAUUUGUACCUACAUAUCAAUAGUGAUCAUUUGUAUAUACUGUUAAAUCUGUUCAAUAUUAAGCUAAUUAUAAGAGUAUUCUUCCAAAUAGAUUAAGUCUAAGAAAACCAUUUUGCACACACGCAAGUAUAAUAAAAUUCUUAACAAAUGGUA